AUGGCAUCCAAGUUUAUGGUUAAUGCAGCCUUUGACGCUAACGCUCGUCUUCUCCUUCGGCUAUCUCGCCAGCACACCGUUUUAUUCGUCAACAAACUUGAAUACCCUAUCCCUGGCCGACCUACCUUGCCGCCGAUUCUCGGCUCCAGAUCCUUCUCAGACUCUACGUCCAGUCCCUCUUUUCCAAAAUCCUCCGGAUCUUCUAAGGACUCACAAUUUUCUGGACCUAAGGAUAAGAACCGGUUCUCGUCUGAGACCUGGGAUAAGACUUUUACAGGAUAUGUCACCCAGGAAAUGUGGAAAGAUUGGUACCAAGGAUUUCGGAGACGUGCGCACGAAUCUGCACGCGAGUCUGCAAUAUACGAUCAGCUCAAAAAAGGACCGGUAUUUAAGAAGAAGAUUAGAUACGUCAUCCCACGUCAACAGCUUGUCGAUGAAAUAAGGCUGCUCGUCAAACCAACGGAAGAUGGUGGUGGUCAUUAUCCCGUUAUUAUCGGAGAGCACGGAACUGGAAAGACGAGUCUGAUCGAACUCGCCGUGAAUAGCAUAGAAGAACCCAAGGGUAUUGUAUAUGUCGAUGUACCUGUUGAGUGCAGCUCAGAAUUCGAUGUUGCCAGGGCGAUGCAAAAGGCUAUGGGGUGGAAGCCAGAUGACUUGAUCGAUUCCGGCGAACCGGCAUCUGUAGAAACGGUUGUGGAAGUUUUUACCGAUUUCGCCAUCAAAUACCAGCAGGAGUUUAAGACAGUGCCGGUUUUGAUCAUCGACAACGUGAACAGACUCUCUCAGACGCAUCAGCGGCUUCUUGAUUUAUUUCAAGACUAUGCGAAGAAAGCUGCCGACCAAGAGAUAUUCACCAUUGUGUUUGUGUCAAGCGAAGGCCGCGUACCACGUCCUAUGACGGAUAGAAGUUCGUGGUCAAGAAGGGGGGAAAUCACCGAAAUCGGCGAUGUGACCAGAGAGGAAGCUCUGCAGUAUCUCAGACUUCGGAAGGUCGAUGAUGAGCUGGCAACGCAAAUUUAUCAGCUUGUUGGGGCCGGCAUGAUACACCUGCAGUCCGUCACAAAUGAGAUCGAGAAGAACAGGACAUUUGAAGUUGCGCGCCGGACCAUGUUCUCCGACGCCGAAAGACAACUCCCGUCCGCCGAGGUUCUUCCUCACCGUCGUUAUCACAAGGAGGGAGCGGUGAUUAUACGUGAACUUUUGAAGAACGGAACAAUCUCAUGGGACACCUUCUAUGACCUAGUAGGCGCCAACAUUGGGGAUAAGUUGCUGGAAGCACAUAUAUUCGCACUUCACUCCAAUUCCGAAGAGAUCACCUUUCAGUCGACAGUGAUGAAACGAUAUUGUGAGGAAAAUUUGGCUCUCUGGGAAGGAAAUUGA